AUGACAAGACAUCUGCAACUGGAAUGUUCUGAAGUUGAAUCAUUUCCAAAUAGUGACAAAAAUGAGGAUGAGUGUGAUGGACUUUUGCUGUUAUUAAAAUUAAAACCAUCACAAAAUAGAAAAUGGUUAUUUAAUGGAGAAAACAUCUCAAAAAAUCUUCUAAGCAAAAAAAAUAAGGGAAUAAAAAAACAAACUUGCUCACUUGACUACGGAAUUCUAAAUAUUCAAGAUCCCCUUGCAAAUAGAUAUCUGCCAGAUAAUUUUAUUGAACAUUACAAAAAGUUUAGUGCAGGUGAUAGCAAAGAUUAUAUAACAAUAGAUGAUAUUGGUACAAAAAUCAAAAAACUCUGUCUUAUAUCAGAUAAUUUGGUCCCUGAAAAAAAGAAAGAAUUUGAAAUAUUCCUAGAAUAUUUAAAAAACUAA